CCCGAUUUAGAGGGACGCCAGCAAAGAGCAGUUAGCUAUCUGACAGCUCAGCCAUGUCUGCACCUGUCAUGGGGAGCACCAAAAAACCCUUGAAUGAAGGGGACCAUCACAAUCACAAGAAGAAGAAGGGAGCUGGCGCUCUGGCCACCGCCUACCUGGUGAUCUACAACGUGAUCAUGACUGCUGGGUGGUUGGUCAUUGCUGUAGGUCUUGUCCGGGCCUAUCUCGCUAGAGGCAGCUACCAUGGUCUGUACUACUCAAUAGAGAAGCCACUCAAGUUCUUCCAGACUGGAGCUCUCCUCGAGAUAUUGCAUUGUGCUGUUGGCAUUGUACCUUCCUCUGUGGUCCUGACUGGGUUUCAGGUGAUGUCACGCGUGUUCCUCACAUGGGCUGUUACACACAGUGUUAGAGAAGUCCAGAGUGAGGACAGCGUGCUUCUCUUUGUGGUAGCGUGGACUAUUACGGAGAUCAUCCGCUAUUCAUUCUACACUUUCAGCCUACUGAACCACCUGCCUUAUCUCAUUAAAUGGGCAAGAUACACCUUUUUUAUUGUACUCUACCCCAUGGGAGUGGCUGGAGAACUUCUGACCAUCUAUGCUGCUCUGCCUUAUGUUCAGAAGACAGGCCUCUAUUCGGUCACUUUGCCCAACAAGUAUAACUUCUCCUUUGAUUAUUAUACCUUCCUCAUUCUCACCAUGGUCUCCUACAUCCCCUUGUUCCCUCAGCUCUACUUCCACAUGUUGCGGCAGAGAAAGAAGGUUCUGGGUCACGUGGAAGAGUACAGCAAAGUGGAAUAAACCGCCGCCGCCACCAUUCCACACAACGCGGGCUGACCAUAUGGAGGAAAGGGUGGGGGGGGAGAAGACGACAACGACGACCUUUCCAAUCCAAACUUGGCUGAUUUAAAAUGAGAAAAAGUUGCUUGUCAAUAUAAAGAGCCCAGCUUUUUUUUUUUUUUCCCCCCCAAGAUACCGAAAUGACAUGCAGAUUAUUUCUAACAAAGCUAAUUAGGGAAUGAGAUUUUGCAGUUUUGUGAUUUUUAAGGAUAUUGAUAUGAUGUAUCGUGGUUUAAUAGAAGGCAUUUCUAAUAAUACACAGGUUUGUGUGAAACUGGUUUUACGUUCUAAUACAGUUGCCCUGAUCUUCGUGAAAGAGGACUGGAAUAGAUUGUUCUGGCUUUCACCUUUUGAAGUAAUGACCGAAUUGGGAACAUUUCAUGUAAUUGAUCAAAAAGAGUGAUGCUUCUCGCCUGUAUUGUGCCCUUGUACUUGGAAGUUUUGGUAGUGGUUUUGUUUAUGCACAGUCAGGAGGAUGAACAGAUGACUAAGUUCUAGAUGUCUUCAUGAGCUGUCGAUAUAUUUAAUUUAUUAUUUCCAUGGUGUCACAUUCCAUUGUUGGUGUUCUGUGACUACUAAUUUAGUUGUUGCUGUUCACAGAUUUGCUCAGGAGUUUACUCGGUACUGACCCAUUGUCCAUAACAGGUCCUCCUCCCCCCCCCCCCCCCCAUUUCCUUUCAGUGUUAGUUGUUUGUUUUUUAUAAGGGUCAUGUAAAAUGACUUGAACAAAAAUCGUGUUGUUUUUCUUAAUAUUAGAAUAUGUGGAUGAUGUGUAACGGAAGUGAUUGUACAGGGGUGUUAUAUGUGGUCCGUGUAUAUGCUUUUCCAUAACUUCUUAAAAAAGGUGACCUCGAGCAAGAAGUUAAAUAGCUUUUGAGUCCUGUCAGUGGGCGAGUUUCUAAAGCGUUCGAUUGAAAGAUGGCAGGCUGGACGAGCACGUGGCAGUGAGAGACUAGCACAAUUGGAUUAGCCUGCGUUUAGUCAUGCAUUUCCAAUGAGUAAAAUCUAAUGAAGCGCAGAGCAGGCCAGGAGUCAGGAGUUGCUAAGCGCUUUGUUGUCUGUCCGCUCUCAUUACCAACAGCAUUGAAGUGCAAGCUCAAGCCUCGAAGAAGGGCUUGCUCAUUAGUCUUAAUGAACAACUAAUGAGCAGACUGGCCUUUCCCCACCAUUUGGGUCUGAACUUUACUUUCAAAGGUUAUAGCCUAGAAGUGCCAUCUCUGGUAGCCAGGGGAACACGCCCUUGUUUUUAUUUACCAUUAGAUGAGGACAGUCAUGGCAACUUAUCAUUGGGUAGAUGAUAAACUCCUGGUCCGGUACCUUGGCUACUCUCAUUAAUCUGCUAACUGAGCAUUAAUCGGUUGGAAUUGUUCUGGUCCAGGAUACAUUAUGGUGAUUAUGGUGUUUGCUUGCUUGCUCGUACGAAGUAUUAUCUUAAAAGCUCCUGGAACAAAUGACGUUAACCUCUCAGUACCCAGACGUUUCGGCAUGAGAACCUAGAGUGCAACUUGACUUAAAACUGCAUGAAAGGUGAAAUCGCUCCAUUUCUUAAGUGGUGCUGUGUUGUCAUACUACACCAUUCAAGGUUAAUUCAUUGGACGCAUGACCUUUAAAGUUGGCAGGAAAUGUUGGGCUUUUGAUACAAAGGAUUUGCAUGGGACCAGCAGACUUUGUAUGACUAGUAAAAGUUAUAUAUUUACAAUAAACUUAUAAUCUGGGAAACCA